UUUGGAUCAAGUCUUCAAGCAUGAGAGCAGGUUAUUCACGUAUAUCAUCGGAAUCUGGAGGUGAUGAAGAGUCGAAUGACGAUGGUGCUGAUCUUGAACCUUUGGCAAGGGAGCUGAAGGAUGUGAAAUGGCCGGAGUUCAUCAGCGUGUCUGAGUGGUCGCACCGCACAAGAAUAGAAGCCAUGGAGAUCGCAAAUGAAUUGAAAGCACUGAAGACAGACAUCACCGGCGGGGACAAAGGCAAGUUUGAUGAUUCGAAGGUUUACGACGGCAACAAAGAAGGUUUCGACAAAUGGACCAAACGGCUGAACGAGAUAGACGCGGUGCAAUGUGUCCAGUAUAUUGAGCUUUUAAGUGUCAUUGAGGGGCAGGAAUCAUUGACAGACCUCUUGCACAGCUUGAGCUUGAACAUGGAAUGGGAGAAGGCUGAGAAAGCUCUCGGGGAAUUGAACAAGAAGGAUUCCAGUGUCACCGACUCUGGAGAAUUCGAAUUAACAGAAUUCAAAUCACUGCUGUCGGAAGCGACCUCUUUGCAGAUCAUUGGCCAUUCUCAGUUGGAAGAAGGGGAGUCGAAGCGUUUCCGAAAAUAUGCCACCACAAAAAAGUUCCAGAAACCAGUGGGAAUUCUCAGGUAUCUCGUAGCUGGGCGAACGGAGUUCCUGCACCAGGCAAACUUUGCUGUGACACCUGCAGUCCAUUUGAUACGCCUACCUAGUGGAGAGCUGGCCGUGCUUUUGAAGUCUCUCGUGGAUGCAGGGCUGGAGAGCAAAUGCUUCAACUCAGUCAUUGGCUCUGCUGUGUUGUCAGAGGCAGUAGAGAGGACUCAGUGGCAAGUGUUGUUGGAAGUGGUAAUGAACGACAUUUUCUCUAUUUUGCUCCUGAUGUACAUGGGCCACACUGUGCGGCAUUUCAGAAACCCCAAUGCAGUAUGCGCCCUCUCGCUGGGCUUCGUCGCACUUUUCACGGCGGGCUUCAACUGCACUGCAGCACUCGCAGGGUUUGGGCUAUAUGCCCAAAAAUGCUCCAACGUGCCAGCAGCGGUUGCAAAGCAUUUAACAUUGUGGAACGUCGUGCUUGUCUCAAACGACAUUUUCUCUAUCUUUGUUGUGGCAAAGUUUUUAGCGCAUUUGUUCUACCAUCAGCAUCUUGGACUAGAUCCUUUUGGCGCAGAAUGCUAUUUGGAUGAGGACACCGGAAUGUAUCCGCGAGUGUGCUACAUCUUCCAUCAUCCCAAUUACUUCUCUAUGCUGGUCCUCUUUCGUUGGAUCCAUCUGGCCUUGGCUGUUUUGCAAUACCGCCGCAUCGGCCAAUGGAUCGUACCAGUUAUUUAUGCUGUGACCCGUCCCGCCUCUUUGUACUUUAUGUUUUUCUUGUGCUUGAUUGUGUGUGGCUCGUUCCAUGCCUACUUUGUCUUCCCUAUUCCGGGGAAUGUGGACAGCUUCGACUACUUGCUGGACACCUUUCUGAAGAUGUUCCGCCUGGAAGUCCUGGGCGACUUUGAUCUCAACGAGCUGGAAGGAGUUGACACCAAGAUCAAUGCAACCUUUCGCAUGGGCAGGCUGCCUUCCACAAGAGGAAGGAUAAAAGGCUUCAUCGAGGAUGGUGAGCACAGCUCGUACUACCAUCGUGGUAUCAGUGGGCAAUUUGUCAUCCUGUCUUUGCUAAUGACCGUGGUGGCCAUGAAUUCUUACAUUGGUUUGCUGGGAGAGCUCUACGAAGAGGCUGAGAAGCGAAAAAAUCAGCUCUUCAAUCACUUGGUAGGAGAAUUACGCUAUCGCCAUCUCUGUCAUGUUGUGAUAUGGGAGAAUCUUGGCUGAUGGCUGAAAUAUUCUAGCUUUUCAGUGAAAAGUGUCGUUUGCAUGACCACCUGCACUUGCGAGCUAAGUGACUUGACAGAAAAGCCCCUACAAUCCUUUUGGCCCAUAUGGGCUUACGAGGGUUGCUCCGCAAAUGAGGGGGAGCUUCUGCUCCACGCAAAGAACCACAUGCCUCUCCAAUCAAGAACUGCAGAGCAUCAUGUUCCUGAGCGCCUUCACUUGCCGCUGAACGAUUGGACAUGAUUGGACUAAUAUUGAGCAAACUCAGGCUCUGCUUCCCACGUCAAGACAAAGUUGAACAGGACGGCCUCUACUGGAUGUCCUAUCGGAGAAAGGAGGUGGCAGAUGAUGAGUGAGAAGAGCUGACCGCCGAAGACUUAGUAGAGCGCUUCCAUCAAGAGCUCCAAAGAAGAGCUCCAAUCCGUCAGUAGUAUAUAGUGUCUCUGUCAGGGAGCCGCAACUGUCGAGCCUCGCAGUGCUUGAAAUGUCGCUCCUUUCAAUGUCAUUAGGACCACUUGCGUGGUCCCAGCACCCUCUGCCAAAGGGACCCUGUCAUGAUGUAGCCAAAGAAAGC